AUGUAUCACAUUUCACGUAUUUUUACAGUCCCUGAAAAUAUGAGAGAUUUUUUUACAAUUGUUAUAAAGUUAUUAGAUUCUGAUGGUGAUAAUGAACUAAAUCUUGUUGAAUUUGUUAAGUAUUGUCUUGCCUUAAAUCAUUUAUUUGAUUUUUCAAAGGGUGGUGAAAUUACAAAAGACCAUAUGUUAAUGGUUUUAUAUGAAUUAGUUGAUAUUGAUGGGAGUGGUUUAAUUGAUAGAAUGGAAAUGGAAAGAUAUUUUAAUAUCCUUCAUACUCCUUUUGAUACUAGAGAAACAGUAAGAAAUAUUAUGAAACAAUGUGGAGGUGUUAUUGAUUUUGAAGUAUUUAAAUAUUUAUAUUCCUAA